CACUUUCCAAUAUUUAGCAAGGCGCUCGCACUUCUCCUUGUGUAUGUGUUUUGUGGGGUGGUCCUUCUGUAGGGUGGUCCUGUUGUUAAUUUUAUUUUAUUUGCCAUUGAAUUACCUCUACACUCUACGUUUGUGGCGUGCUUCGUAAUUUGUUAAAAUGGUUAAUAAUAGUGAGACAAAGUUUAGAACACCUCUUGAGCACGAAGACCUUCAAGUCUACAUACAACCCAAACUGAAUGUUUCUCUCAAACUGUCAGAUAGAAGCUCAACGCAAGUGGAGUUACCGUUUAGUGAAUAUUUUAGAUUAUUUUAUACCCCUGAUAGUCCAGUACUUGAAAAGUUAGGUGAGAAUAAGGAUAAAGUAACGAUAAAGGACAAAAUGAAAGAUGCAGAACCGUAUAACUUAUUUACAAAUAGUUUAAGUUUUUGUGAAGGUACAGAAGAGCAAUUAUACUCAAUAAAGUUUACAGAUCUUUUAUGUCCAAGUUUGGGGAAUGUAAAAAAGUCCUUGCUAUUUACACAUCGUAUUGAUGUUCAGUUUUUGAUUGAACAAUAUGCUGCUAGGAAAUUACAUUGCACUCCUAUAACUGUUAUUUUUGGUUCAGAGAAUCCAAAAGUUCAGGAACCAGUACUAAAAGAACUGUAUCCAAAUAUUGAUUUCCAUAUUCCACAUACUGAUAAACUUUUUAAUAUUCAGAGCGCGCAUUGCUUAAUAUUUCAAUAUGAUGAUAAUUCAAUAAGGAUUGUUAUUGGAUCCCCAAGUAUAUAUGCGCCUGACUGGAACAAUUAUAAUGGAUUAAUAUGGAUAAGUCCUCGAUGUCCCAAACUUCCAAGUGGAAUGUCGCAAAGAGAUGGAGAAUCAAAAACAGGCUUCAAAUCAGACCUUUUAAAUUUUUUGCUAAGCUACAAAAUUCAAUCUUUAGGAGGAUGGAUCAAUGUGGUUAAAAGUGCUGAUUUUAGUGAAGUUAGGGUGUUUCUCGUAUAUGGACGUCCAGGAAUUCAUCAACCUAGGAAGAAUGGAUGUCCCUUACACUUUUUAGGUCAUCUAUUAAGCCACCAUUAUAAAAUACCUCCUUAUCAAACUGACCAUGAUUUGUGGCGUAUAAUAGUUCAAUCUUCUUCUUUGGGUAAAUUGGGAAGAACCCCUGAUGAGUGGUUUACUACAUGGUUCUUGAAUUCUUUAAGCAGCAGUGUUAAUAAUCAAUAUUUACCCACUUUAAGACCCACUUUUAAAGGACAGUUUAGUGUGUUAUAUCCGACAAUAGAGAAUGCUUUGACUUGUUUUUUGGGCCCUGUUGGGGCCUGGGGUAGCCGUUAUGAUGCUGAUUUAAGAGACCAACAAAGGUGGUUGGAACCAUAUUUGUGCUCAUGGAAGGCUGAUAGUGCUAAAAGGACCAAAGCUAUAUUCCAUUCAAGAACUGUAUGUAGAAUUUCUCCGUGCUGCAAGAAGCUGGCUUAUUUUUAUUUGACCACGUCCAAUAUAUCUAGAGCCGGAUGGGGAAAAAUAGAGGAUGGAGAUAUAACAGUCAAAAUGAGGACUUACCAUACGGGUAUUCUGUUUCUACCAAAAUUUUUCGAUAAGGAGUAUUUUGAAGUUGCUGAUCUCUCUUGCGGCGCAACCAAUAAUAAGUUUCCUAUCAUGUAUGAUUUGCCUUUGACUCCCUAUGGUCCUGAAGAUGAACCUUAUUGUUUGGAUGAAAUGAUAGAAAGACGUCUUGUAGAUUUAGACAAUAUGAAUAUAGAUAAGCCUCGUUUUGUCUCUGAUGUUAAGGACUCUGAUGUUAAGACACCUUCUGAAGAGAAGUGGGAUAAAUUCGUUAAUAUAGCUAUGGAAGAUAAGCGAAUAAUUCCGAAAUCCUGUUCAGUAUUGCCCUCUACAAGUACUUUUUUCCCCACAUUUAAUAAGAACUAAUUUUUGCAAUCUAUGUGCCUUAUAUUUAAAAUGGAAUAUUUGGAAUAUUAAAUGUUUAACAAGUUUAUUUGCAUGUUAAUGUUAUUGGAUAUCUAAUAUCGUAUUUUAAAAUAUAUUUUUUCACAAGGG